AUGCCUGGCGGAACAUCAUCAACCCCUCAGUAUGAAGCUCUUUAUAACGGCUUGGAGCCUCCGCCGUUCAAGAUGCCCUUCAUCGACAGUCCCGACGUUGUCACUUCCAACACGCUCAGGCUUGUCGGAGAGACUCCGGAUGCACGCAAACGUCUCCUUUUCACGUCGCUUACACGCCACAUCCAUGAGUUCGUCACGGAGAACAAGCUUACGGUACAAGAAUGGCGUGAUGCAGUCGCGUUUUUGAAUCGCACUGGCAACAUGAGCACACCGGAUCGCCCUGAGAUGGAACUUGUUCUCGACAUCUUUGGCGUGGAGGCGCUCGUCGAUGCGGUAAACAGUCCGCCUGGGGACAAUGCUACGGAGAGCACCCUUCUUGGACCUUUCUAUACGCACAACACUCAGGAUGUCUCGCACGGAGACUCUAUUGCGUCGGAGGGAAAGGGAGAGUAUAUGUACGUGGAGGGACGCGUCCUUGACACAGAAGGAAAGCCUAUUUCAAACGCUCUUAUUGACACUUGGGAGACGGACGACACUGGACACUAUGACCUCCAAUAUGCCGCUGAGGUUCCCGACUGCCGCGGACGUCUAUUCACAGACAAUGAAGGGAAGUUUAACUUCCGUGCCAUCGUCCCCGUUGCAUAUCCUGUUUUAGCAGAUGGACCCGUCGGUGACCUUCUUCUCGCGAUGAAUCGGCACAAUAUGCGCCCCGCACAUUUGCACCUCAUCGUAGACGCUCUAGGUUACGAAAAGGUCAUGACUCAGUUCUAUCCCUCCGGAGACAAAUGGCUUGACAGCGAUUCCGUGUUUGCUGUGAAGAAGAGCCUUAUCGUGGACUUGGAGACUGUGAACGAUUCCGAGCGCGCAAAAGCUCUCGGCUUCAAAAACCCUGACAAGGGUUUCAAGCUUCUUAAGCGCGACAUUGUGCUCCGUCGGAAGUAA